GCCCUUCCCGUCGGAGGAGACCACGGAAAAUGAUGAUGAUGUAUAUCGGAGCUUGGAGGAGCUGGCGGACGAACAUGAUCUGGGGGAGGAUAUUUAUGACUGCGUCCCCUGUGAAGAUGAAGGUGAUGAUAUCUAUGAAGAUAUCAUCAGAGUGGAAGUUCAGCAGCCCAUGAAAAUGGGAAUGACAGAAGAUGACAAAAGAAACUGCUGUUUGCUAGAAAUCCAAGAAACUGAGGCCAAAUACUACAAAACACUUGAAGAUAUAGAAAAGAACUAUAUGAACCCACUGAGGCUGGUACUGACUCCCCAAGACAUGGAAGCUAUUUUUAUCAAUUUGGAGGACCUAAUUAAAGUGCACUUCAGUUUCCUGAGAGCCAUCGACGUCUCUAUGAUGUCUGGAGGAAGCAGCCUGGCAAAAGUGUUUCUGGAAUUCAAAGAGAGGCUGCUGAUUUACGGCAAGUACUGCAGCCACAUGGAGUAUGCCCAGAACACGCUCAACCACCUCCUCGCCAACCGGGAGGACGUCAGGCAGAAGGUGGAGGAAUGCACGCUAAAGGUUCAGGAUGGGAAAUUCAAAUUGCAAGAUCUGCUGGUGGUUCCAAUGCAAAGAGUUUUGAAAUAUCAUCUCCUGUUGAAAGAACUGCUCAGCCAUUCAUCAGACCGGCCAGAGAAGCAACAGCUGAAGGAGGCUCUGGAGGCGAUGCAGGACUUGGCCAUGUACAUAAAUGAAGUAAAGAGGGACAAGGAGACUUUAAAGAAAAUAAGUGAAUUUCAGAGCUCUAUAGAGAAUCUGCAAGUGAAGCUGGAGGAGUUCGGGAGGCCGAAGAUCGAUGGUGAGCUGAAGGUCCGCUCCAUAGUCAACCAUACCAAGCAGGACAGGUAUUUAUUUUUAUUUGAUAAAGUGGUGAUCGUCUGCAAAAGGAAAGGAUACAAUUAUGAGCUGAAAGAAAUUAUUGAGCUGCUCUUCCACAAGAUGACUGAUGACCCUAUGAAUAACAAGGACAUUAAGAAGUGGUCAUACGGCUUCUACCUAAUUCACCUUCAGGGGAAGCAGGGCUUCCAGUUCUUCUGCAAGACGGAGGAAAUGAAGAGGAAGUGGAUGGAGCAGUUUGAAAUGGCAAUGUCCAACAUAAAGCCAGAGAAAGCCAAUGCAAAUCACCAUAACUUUCAGAUGUACACAUUUGAAAAGACUACCAACUGCAAAGCCUGCAGGAUGUUCCUGAGAGGAACCUUCUACCAGGGCUAUCUUUGCCCCAAAUGUGGAGCGGGUGCUCAUAAGGAGUGCUUGGAGAUCAUCCCUCCCUGCAAGAUCGGUUCUUCAGCAGACCAGGAUUCACUGAGUGCUGGACCUGGUCCUAAAAUGGUGGCGGUUCAGAAUUACCAUGGAAAUCCAGCCCCCCCUGGGAAGCCGGUGCUGACGUUUCAAAUUGGGGACGUGAUCGAGCUCCUGAGGGGGGACCCCGACUCGCCAUGGUGGGAGGGGCGGCUGCUGCAGACGAAGAAGUCGGGUUAUUUUCCCAGCUCGUCGGUAAAGCCCUGCCCCGUUGAUGCACGGCCUCCCAACAGCCGACCGCCCUCGCGGGAGAUAGACUACACGGCGUACCCGUGGUUCGCAGGGAACAUGGAGCGGCAGCAGACGGACAACCUGCUCAAGUCUCACGUCAGCGGCACCUACCUGAUCCGGGAGCGGCCGGCUGAGGCUGAGCGCUUUGCCAUCAGUAUUAAAUUCAACGAGGAGGUGAAGCACAUCAAGGUGGUGGAGAAGGACAACUGGAUUCACAUCACAGAAGCCAAGAAGUUUGAAAGCUUGCUGGAGUUGGUCGAAUACUACCAGAGCCACUCGCUGAAGGAGAGCUAUUCGACGCUGAAAUACCCCUAUAAAUCUCGGGAGCGCUCUACCUCCAGGACCUUCACCCGCUCUCCAGUGUUCACCCCACGGGUCAUAGGGACGGCGGUGGCACGGUACAACUUUGCGGCGCGGGACAUGCGGGAACUUUCGCUGCGAGAAGGCGACGUGGUGAAGAUCUACAGCAGGAUUGGCGGGGACCAGGGGUGGUGGAAGGGGGAAACCAACGGAAGAGUUGGCUGGUUUCCCUCAACAUACGUGGAAGAGGAGGGGGUGCAAUGA